UUAAGGCGCUAUAAGGAGCUUGUCGGCACGGAGGGAGGGGGCAGCGCAGCCGGCCGCCCCGCAUGGCCCGGGACCAUGAGCGCCGGUGACUUGCAGCCCAGCUCCCCCGCCAGCCCGCAGCCCCGCCGGGCCCGGGAGGCGCCCGAGAUGGCCGUGUACUGCGGCGAGACCUUCAGCGUGUACCCGCCGCCCGGCGCCGCCUCGGGGCAGCGGCCGGCCGCCUACGCCCUGGGCGACUACGGGGCGCCGGCCAACGCCGGCUACCUGUGGGGCGUCAGCGGCCCGGCCCCGUACCUGCAGGGCGCCCCCGGGCCGGCCGCCCCCUUCCUGCCGCCCGCCUCCUACGGCUGCUCGCGGGGCGGCCAGCUGGGGGGCGCCCCCGCCGCGCCCGGCUCGCCCUCGCCCGCGGCGGCCGAGCUGAGCUGGCUGAGCCUGGCCGGGCAGGAGGAGCUGCUGCGCCUGGUGCGGCCGCCCUACUCCUACUCGGCGCUGAUCGCCAUGGCCAUCCAGAGCGCGCCCGGCCGCAAGCUCACGCUGAGCCACAUCUACCAGUACGUGGCCGAGAACUUCCCCUUCUACAAGCGCAGCAAGGCCGGCUGGCAGAACAGCAUCCGCCACAACCUCAGCCUCAACGACUGCUUCCGCAAGGUGCCCCGCGACGAGGACGACCCGGGGAAGGGGAACUACUGGACCUUAGACCCAAACUGUGAGAAGAUGUUUGACAAUGGGAAUUUCCGGCGCAAGCGCAAGCGCCGCUCCGAGCCUAACACCCCCACCGUGGUGUCCUCCGGGGGGGCGCUGAAGGCUGAGGAAGGGCGUCCCAUCCCGGCGGCUGCAGGCAAGCCCUGUGGAAACAGCCCCUCCCCCGAGCUGGAACUAUCACCUGCCAGGGACCAUCCGAAAAGCUCCUCUUCUCCAGGCAUCAUCUCAGCCACCCCUGGCUGCCUGAGCACCUUCUUCAGUGGCAUGAGCUCACUGAGCAGUGGAGGGAGCCGCCUGGCGCACCAUCGGAACUUCCCCGCUGGGCAGAUGAGCGGUGGCACCUUCACCGCCUCCUCCAGCAGCUCCUCCCAGGACGUGCUCCCACCAGACCAGCUGCAGCGAGUUCCGGGACCCACUGCUGCCUAUUACAGCUCCUUCCACCCCAGCAGCAGCAGCAGCAGCCAGGGCGCCCAAUACAACCAUUACUACAACUUCACAGUCAACAGCCUCAUCUACGCCCGGGAUGGCACUGAGGUGUAGGGCAUGGAAUGCAACUCAAGGGAACCAGACAGGGAGGUUCAUUCAGCAAGAAGGAAGACCACAUGCUUUUGCAAACUGCAUCUGAAGCAGGACACUUGCAGUAUGUUUUAUGUUUUCCCAGGAAGAAAAACUUACAAUCUAUUAAAUAUAUGCGUACACACACAAUGUGGAGUAUUUCUCCUACUCAUCCCUGCAAAAUCACUGAUCCACACAGGAUGCCUGUUUGCCACGAAAUGCUGCAAAUGCGAAUCAGAACUGGAUUAGUGACUUCAGAGGUUUUUUAUCUUGAAUGUAGAGUUAAAAAAAUAACUGCAAAGAGAAAUCAGCAAGGACCAAAUAUAGACAUAUAGCAGGGAGUAUUGACUGUUGGUCAUUUAUUUGUGAACCUCUGUUUACAAGUGCUUUGGUCUUGGAAGAGAAAAAAAAUGAAGAGAUUUCUAAUGAAGUGCCUUGUAAAAAUCCCUGUGUCAGUGAUUGCCUGUUUAGGUAAUUGUUUUAGGCCUCGAUCCUGCCGUGUACAAUGCCCGGGCAGAUUCUGUGCCCACACAGAACCCCUCUAGAUACAGAGCAGCUCCAUGCAGGUUCGUCAGUCUGCCUGUGCUUUGUAUAUUGAAGAAUCAGGGCUUUAUUUUGUAAAAUAAUCGUUUUACUUAAGCUUAGUACCAAAGACACACAAUCUAGCCAUCCAGCUUUUAGCAAGAGAAUAAACACAGUGAAUAUUUUUAUACAUAUUUGUAUGUAAUGUACUACUCUGUAAAUACAUUUCUGUGGGAUUUUAUAUUUGUAAAUUAUGCUCUGGAGUUGUACUUAUUUAUAAUGUGUUUGAAAUUUGGGGAAGUUUAUUUUGCCCAUCCUUUCACCCACCCCCAUUCCCUUCCCUUUUUUUUUUUUUUUAAUUGUAGUGUAUGAAUGAAACUUUUCAAACUGAACAACAUUUUGGGGAAUAAAAUAUUUACAGUUAGAUUUUUGCUUGUUUGUUCAUCAACAGAUUUUAUUUUAUUUUACUUUUUUAAAUGGUUAGGGACACUGGUUGGGACAAAAGAUACAGGGACUCAUUAACGCUUUCCUCUGUGCCAAGAAAACAAUGUUGCUUUCAGCGCAAAGGAGAAGUGUGUGGUUUGAUUUACAACCUCCUGAUGGGUAAUUGUGAAAGGUGGACUGAAGCUUUUGCUGGUUUUAGACAGUAAAUUGCUCAUUUUCAGCUUAGGUUGGUUAAUAUAUAGUAAUUGCUUGCAAAGUUAAUUGGAGCAGGGCUGACCCAUGUCGAGCUGUUGUUUACAAUGCAGUGGAAGUAGGAUCAAGCCCAUGCAGCCAAAUUCAGACCCUGGAGUAACUGGAGUCAAAGGAAUUACACCCAUUUAAGGUUCUUCAGCAGAGUAAUCCAGUGAAGGUCAGUGGGCCAAAAUGUGCUCUUAUACAUUGGUUUAAAUCUGGAGAAACCCCAUUAACUUCAGUGAAGUUUCUUCUGAUUUACAGUUUUGAAAGAAUCAGUCCCAUAGUACAUAAUAUCCGUGAUGUAAAAAAUCCUCACAUUUCUGAGGUUUACAUCAGUUGUUGGCAGGGAUUUGAUGUAAUCAGCCAGUUGGUAUAAAUGCUUUUUAAAGGCAUGUAACAUAUACAGUAAAAACAAAAGAAAAGCACGAAACUGAAAUGGUAGCACAAUUGCAGUACUGUAUUUAACAACAAAUCGCAUGCA